GAAAAUUCGAUACGACCAAGAAACGCUUACCACCAUCAUGUUUGGAGAGGGCGUACAAAACGAUCUGGCCAAUAUCUGUGGGUUAUAGAACGUAUUAGGCCUAUACAUGGGGCUUGGCUUGUGCUAGGUGGCGGUAUACAACAGUAUCCAAUCAAAACCAUGUUAACAAAACUUUGGGCCAAUCAAAACCGACGGUUCAUAUUUGAGUGGUAAAUUUGAAGAUCGAGGAAGGAAGAAGACGUAUUUGAAUUUUAUCCGUUCACAGCUGAAGAUUUCGACUGUUAUUCAUGAAUUUUAUGAAAACUUGACUCCAGAUUAUUCUAUUGAACUACAAGGAAACGUCCAGACGUAGAAUAUAAGAUGACUAGCCACAGAAAAGAAGAUUUAAGGGUGAGAGAAAUCCCAGAUGUCGUCGUUGACCCGUCUACCAGAAAACGUUAUAUGAAAGGACGAUUCCUUGGAAAGGGUGGCUUUGCAAAAUGUUACGAAUUGACAGAUAUGGUUACCAAAGAAAUAUGGGCUGGAAAAAUUGUCUCAAAAAGUCUCUUGGUUAAGCAACAUCAGAAAGACAAGAUGACACAAGAAAUAGAGAUUCACAGAACCCUCUCCCAUAGGCACAUUGUGAAGUUCCAUAAAUUCUUUGAGGACUCUGACAAUGUCUACAUUCUCCUGGAGCUAUGCAGAAGAAAGUCUUUAAUGGAGUUACACAAGCGAAGAAAGGCUGUGACUGAACCAGAGGCUCGUUAUUUUGUCAAACAGAUUGUUGCUGCUUGCGUCCAUCUACAUGAUCAAAAAAUCAUUCACAGAGACUUGAAACUUGGUAAUCUCUUUCUGAAUGAUGAAAUGGAAAUCAAAAUUGGAGAUUUUGGAUUAGCUACUAGAUUAGAUUUUGAUGGCGAGAGAAAACGCACAUUGUGUGGAACCCCAAACUACAUAGCUCCUGAAGUACUUGGCAAGAAGGGUCACAGCUAUGAGGUGGAUGCCUGGUCAUUGGGCUGUAUAUUGUACACACUGUUAGUAGGCAAGCCACCAUUUGAGACAAGUUGCCUAAAAGAUACAUAUCAACGCAUCAAACGUAAUGAAUACCAUAUACCCAGCACUAGAGUUAGUACAUCUGCUAAGAACCUCAUAACAAAAUUGCUCAAGUCUGAUCCUGGAUCCCGUCCAAGCAUGGCUGAUAUAUACAAUGAUGACUUCUUUACCGAAGGUCUCCUACCUGUAUCAAUACCUACCAGUUGUUUAACUAUGGCCCCCAGGUUCGACAUGAUGGUAAGACGUGAAUCAAUGACCUCCAGGAAACCUCUUAUAGAUAUUAAUUCCCAAAAUUCUCGCCCCUCUUCAACCAUAGAGAAGGACAGUGAUAAAAACAAUGUAGCUGGUGAUUUGGGCAAACGUGAUAGGGAGGAGCCCGCUGAUUACUGGCUUUCUGAUCUCCUUGCUUGUUUGACAUCGGUUGUUGCAGCUAAACCAGCUGAUAUCGUUAACUCAAAGGAAGACGAUGCCCUCUACCCAACAGCUACCCCUAUAUACUGGAUUAGUAAAUGGGUGGACUACUCUGAUAAAUAUGGCCUAGGCUUCCAGUUAUGUGACAACAGUGUUGGAGUCUUGUUUAAUGAUUCUACACGACUAAUCCUUACUGGAAAUGGGGCAAAUGUUCAGUACAUUGAGCGAGAUGGCAAUGAGCACUUCCACACACUAACUGUCUACCCCACAACUCUGCACAAGAAGAUUACUCUCCUAAAAUACUUCCGCAACUACAUGAGUGAACAUCUUCUCAAAGCAGGUGCUAACAUGACCCCUAGGGAGAGUGAUGACAUGGUACGUUUACCAUUCCUAAGGACUUGGUUCCGUACCCGCAGUGCCAUAGUGCUUCACCUCAGCAAUGGAACAUUACAAAUCAACUUUUUUCAAGACCACACAAAGAUCAUUGUAUGUCCACUCAUGGGAGCAGCUACAUAUAUUGAUGAAAACAGAGAAUUCAAAGUUUUUAGACUAACAGACAUAGAAAAAUAUGGUUGCAGUAAAGAACUUGCUAGUAGACUGCGGUAUGCACGAACCAUGGUGGAGAGACUAAUUUCUUCUAAAUCAGGGUCAGCUAAAACUGUCAAAUCUGUGUCAUAGGCAGAUCUGUCAUUUAAAUCCCAUCAUGUGAAUGCUUAAAUGUGAGCAGUGUGAGAGACUUGUUUUUAAGAAGUUACUGUGACAAAAAUGUGAGGACAUAAAGGUUACAUCUUUUUUAAACUGCCUUUCGCAUCAUUAACCAAGGACUUCUUAACUAAAGAUCCUAAAUUAAUUGCUGUAAUAGUGGAAAAUAACAAAGGGAACAAUGGGCUAAGUCGUCCACUAAUACACAAAAUCAGUGAUCUCCACUGCAAUAUUUUGUUGGUAAAGAACAGCAUUUUGUCGUGGAAUUCCAUACUUGAAUCAGGAAAAUGUGGAAAGAAAUUCGAUUUGAAAAUAAAGUGGCAACCCUGCUGUAGUAGUAUCAAAAUAUUGUGCAAUGGCUGCUGCAGUUACCUUACUUCACCCCGCGAUGACUCUUUGUUCACUCAUUGUACAUAACCAUCUUCAUUACAUAUUCACAAUAUCACAACAAAGUAUUCAGUAAACUGUUCUGUAGACACCUAUGUCUGAACUCGAAUUCCCUAGACUAAAUGUAGAACUGUAAGUGACAUAGAAUGGGUAUUGAAAUGGUACACAAUUAUGAAAUUGUAUGCAAUGCUUCACAUUCAAGAGAUGCUCGUGUAUUAAUUAGGGCAAUUGAAUGUUACGUUAAAUAACAGUUUAAAUAUCUACAUGCAUGAAAUAAAAUCCUUUAUCCCAUAGUUGAGGUAAAUCUGUAGAAUAACACAUAUAUAUUAACGAUAUUUUGCAAAUGCGUGGAAAAAAGCGAUAUCUGUGGAAUAUGGAGAAUAUUCCACGGAGAAUAUUCCACAGAUAUAACUUUUUUCCACAGAUUUGAAAACUCCCCCAAUGUGACGUGCAUUGUUACAUGAGCUUACAUGGUAAUUUCAUGACGUCACAAAUAUGGAAAUGAUUAAUGUUUUGACAGUUCAAAUGACAAAAUAAAACUGAAUGU